UGCUGCAUUUGAUUAAAUGCGAUUUGUGGUUAGCAUAGGCAAACUGGAAUAACUUUGAGUCAUAUAUUAAAACGCAAACAAGGAAAAGUACAUCAAGGCAAGACACACAACCUAACCGUUUGACAUUAUACUAUACUUUCGAACUACGAAAUGGCCGACAGACUAACUCCAGAGCAAUUGUCGGAGAUCGAAGCAGCCUUCAAGAUGUACGAUACGAAUGGAGAUGGGCAGAUCAGCGCGGAGGAGCUGGGUCAAGCAAUGCGUGAAGCUGGGCAGCUGGUGUCGGACGAGGAGCUCAAGGAUAUGAUAAGAGCAGUCGACCUUGACGGUAACGGCAAAGUGGAAUUCAAAGAGUUUGUCCAAAUGAUGGCUAACCAGCUUGGCCAACCCGCGCCCGUUGAGGAGAUGAAGGCGUACUUUGACCGAUUUGAUCAAGAUGGGAACGGCUUCAUAGACUCUGACGAGAUGAAGUGUCUGGUCAGGGCCUUCUACAGCAAUCUGACUGGGGAAGCCCUCAAACAGCAAGUUCGCGCUAUGAUCGAGGCUGCAGACACCAACAGCGACGGGAAAAUUAGCUUUGAAGAGUUUGUAAAAGUGCUGAAUGCGAAUGCCUGAAAGAGGACAAGCAACAAGAUGUCCCGUCUUCAAUGCCCUGAAGUCAUUUCAAUAUCAUAUCAUGCUAUUCUACUGUAGAAAACAAAACAGGUUUUCAAUUAUAUAUCGAUUAAAAAUAUGCCUGCAAUCAA